AUGAGGAGUGUCGGGCUGUGGUUUUCUGCACUGGGGCUGCUGGCUGCGCUCAGUUGCUCCUUUCUGGGAUCUGCCGAGGGGGGGAAAGUGCUGGUUAUUCCCGUGGAUGGGAGUCACUGGCUGAGCAUGAAGAUCUUGGUCAAGGAGUUGAUGCACAGAGGACACGAAAUGGUGGUUUUGGUGCCUGAAAACAGUCUGCUGAUGAACAGCUCAGAGGGCUAUAGGACUCUGGUCUACAAAGUGCCCUACAGCAAAGCCCAGCUGGACAGCUCGUUUACGCAGCUCCAGGAGAGCGUCUUUGUCAACGCGCCGACAUUCACUGAUUUGUUUUUCAACGUGGAGCUUUUGGUGAACUUUACGUCAUUCCAGGCAAAAGGCUGUCGAAGUCUUCUCAACCAGCAGCCUGUGCUGAGUCAACUGAGGGCUGAAGGCUACGAUGUGGUACUGACGGACCCUUUCCUCCCUUGCGGCCCCAUCCUGUCUCGUGUCCUUGGAAUUCCAGUCGUUUACUUCUUGCAUGUACUUCCGUGUGAAAUGGAUUUGAAGGCUAACCAGUGCCCCGUUCCUUUGUCUUAUGUUCCCAAAUUCUUCACCGGGAACACAGACGUCAUGACCUUCCCACAGAGGGUGGAAAACAACAUAAUGGGUCUGGUGGAGAUCUAUUUGUGUCGUGUCAUGUAUGCCAAAUUUGAUGAGCUGGUCAGCGAGUAUGUGGAGGAAAGCAUGACCUACAAGGAUCUGUUGAGCCACGGAGAUAUUUGGCUCAUGAGAUCGAACUUUGUAUUUGACUGGCCCAAACCCGUGAUGCCCAACAUGGUUUUCAUUGGUGGCAUCAACUGCGUAAAGCGGCGACCUCUGCCUGCAGAUUUGGAGGAGUUUGUGGAAGGUUCUGGGAAGCAUGGCUUUAUCGUCUUUACUUUGGGCUCCAUGGUGUCUGCUAUGCCGGAGGAAAAAGCACAACAAUUCCUUGAUGCUUUUCGGCAGAUUCCACAGAGGGUUUUGUGGAGAUACACUGGAGUUGAACUAAAAAAUGUACCCCAAAAUGUCAAAUUGAUGAAGUGGCUACCUCAGAAUGAUCUUUUAGCUCACCCCAAGGCAAAAUUGUUCCUCACUCAUGGAGGCAGCCAUGGUGUCUAUGAAGGCAUCUGCAAUGCCGUUCCCAUGCUCAUGUUUCCACUGUUUGCGGACCAGCCGGACAACGUUCUACGCAUGGUGUCGCGUGGCAUUGCGGAGAAGCUCACCUUCUACGACCUGACCACAGACAAACUGCUGGUCACUCUGAAUAACAUUAUUAACAACAAAAGUUAUAAAGACAAGAUGGUGAAGUUGUCUGCGAUACACCGGGACCACCCCAUUCAACCUUUGGACCUGGCAGUUUUCUGGACCGAGUUUGUAAUGAGACACAAAGGAGCUGCCCAUCUACGUGUAGCAGCACACAAUUUGAACUGGUUUCAAUAUCACAGCCUGGAUGUCAUUGGCUUCCUGUUGAUUGUGGUUUUAACUGCACUUUGGAUGGCUCUAAAAUGCUGCUUGUUCUGCACCCGCAAGCUUUGCAGAAAGGUUAUGGUGAAAAGGAAAGUAGAGUAAACACUAAGUUUAAUGUUAAGUCUGGAAUAAUUUUAAUGGUGCGUGUGGAUCUACAACAUUUUAAGAUGAUCUCUAAAGAAUGGACAGUUGCAAUUUUUGACGAAAGGGUGAAGCUUAAUCUGCUUUUGUAUCCAUUUCUUUUACUGAACAGCUUCUAUUAUCAGCUGUAGAAGAGACUGAUCAUAAAAAUCAAUGAUGGUCUCAAUUCCUCAACUGAAAGUGUGACACUUGGAAAAAAAAACAAAAGACAGUAAAUAAAGUCACUCUCUUGUUGGA